AUGGACCACGACGCGCGAGGAGUCGCCUCGUCGCCAUGGCCCAAGCUCCCCGCCGACGUGCUCAGCGAGAUCGCUGCCCGCCUGCACGACGCCGGCGACUUCGUCCGCUUCCGCGCCGCGUGCAGGCCGUGGCACGAGGCUCUGCCGCCGGCCCGCGCGCCGAGCUUCCUCCCGUGGAUUCUCGAGGAGUACGACUCGUCGAUCGACGACCCCCACGUGCUGCUCUGCUCGCCCUUCUCGGCGAGUAGGACUCGGCACCUCCUGCCCCUCCCCGCCAUCCGCGGCACGUCGAUAAAGGGAUCCGACGCCUCCGGCGGCCGCGUCCUCGCCGUCCCCGACGAGGGCCGAACGGCCGCGCUCGUCAACCCGCUCGACGUGCGCGACGCCGCCUCGUUGCCUCCGGUGCCCCAGCGCAAGUCCUGGCGCGACAGGUGGGGAAGCGCCAGCGGCGCCGUCGUCUCGAGCAACGGCGCCGUCGUGUUCCACACUCUCCAGCACCGGGAGGAUCAUUUCUUUGCGGCCAUCCAGCUGCGGCCCGGCGAGCCCAGCUGGGAGAAAGUGGACACCUACGCGGUGGGGUGGCACAUGAGCUUGCUGGACGAUGACGAACGCCGCGCCGCGGCGCUGUGGUCGUCCGCGGUUGUCCCCGGAGCCGCGUGCCGCGUCGCGGCGCUGCCGCCGCGGCCUCGUGGGAGCAGCAGAUUCCUGCUCGAAUUCCGUGGCGAGCUCCUCUGCGUCGAUGUCGUCUUGCGGCCGAGGCCGAACUUGGCGUCCGUCCGAGUACACGCGAAGCGGGCCGAGGACGACGGGUGGCGCAGUCGCGGUGACACUGACCAUCUCUGCCUCUUCCUCGGCUUGAGGAGCAGCCUCGCCAUGGACGCUCGGGAGUCCCCAGGCAGCGUGGAGGUGUCAGGCGGGUGCGCCUACUUCUUCCUCCGGCGCCAGAACAAGGAGAGAGUGGAGCAGACUCUUGGUCGCAUACAUCUGUACAGGUACAGCUUCCGGAGCGACACCGCCACGUUUGUCGACGAGCUGAACACCGUGGUAAUUCCCACUUGGUUCGUACCUCGGCCGAGGAUGUCUCCUCUGCUACCACGUGUGCAGUAA